AUGGCAGACGUUCCACUUGUCGUCAUCUCCGAGUUCGCGCAAGCAGAGCGUCGAAUCACUCCGUCUUGGUCCAUCUCUCAGCUCAAGACCAAGCUCGAAACUGUCACAGGUGUCCCGCCCUCUUGCCAACGACUCUCUCUCAAGCCUACCGCUGGCGCAGAGGCUAUCGCCAUUGAGGCGCCUAACGAAGACGACACCCACUUGACCAACUUUCCCCUGGCCCCAUAUGCAGAGCUUCAUGUAAUUGAUACACGGCCAGCGGCCUCCCGGAUCAAUCUGAACGACACCGCGAAUGUCGACAAGUAUGUCAUGCCCGAGGAGGAGUACGAGAAAAAGGCGGACUCGGUCCUAGCCUGGAAGAAGAACCAGAAGCUUGGCCGCUUCGACCCAGACGCCCCCAGCCACGAGCAAGCCAAGUUGGAUGCCCUUGACCGCGAGGUUGCCACGCGGGGCAUUGCUGUCGGCCGACGGUGUCGCGUUGGCGGUGAGGACACUCGACGAGGCCUCAUCCAGUACGUCGGUGAGGUCAAGGAAAUUCCCGGCGGUCUCGGCACCUGGGUCGCAGUCAAGCUCGACGAGCCCGUUGGCAAGAAUGACGGCAGCAUUGCCGGCACUCGCUACUGGGGUGAGCCCUCUGAGCUCAAGCACGGUGUCUUUGUGAGGCCGGAGCGAGUCGAGGUGGGCGACUUCCCAGCUCUUGAUGACUUGGAGGAUAUGGAGGAGAUUUAG